AUGUCUCUCUUAUAUUUGAGACUUCAAUUGACAUUACCAUCGCAUCAUCUAUUAUUUGUGAGAACCUUUCGUCAACCACAACGAUCAACUGAACCGAAAUCUCAAAUUGGAGAAUUUCGUCUGUUACAAUUAACAAAAUCAAAAACGAAUCGAAAUGGUUCAAUGAAAAAACGUAUAAGACCAAAAUUUAAAGAGGUUCCACCACCGCGUUAUUUGCGUAUGUCAACAGAUCAAGAUUGGACUAAUGUUUGGCCAACAGCUACGACAUUUAAGCAAAGUGUUGUACCGUUGCCUAUAACUCAGGGCUAUGUCGCGUCGGAUAAAGAAAAUAAAGGUUUGCCAUUGGAAAAAUAUGCAAAUGCUGAACUAAUGAAAAUUCCUAACUUCUUUCAUUUAACACCUAAUCAUAUAAAAAAGCAUUGUGCUGCAAUCAAAAAAUAUUGUACACCAUGGCCAGAACAAUUAGAUUCUGAUGAAGCAUGUGAAUAUUAUUUACCUAUACAAAUAACAACCCAUGAUUAUCUUAAUUCAACACCAUCGAUACGAGAUUCUCGAGCUCGUGUCGUUAAAUUUAAUUUUAAAUUAACGCAACUACAAUUUGAUGAACAUGCCCGUGAUAAAUUUAUUCGCUUAGCUGGACAACGAUACAAUGCGGAUACAGAUGAACUUACUCUAGUCGCUGACAAAUGUCCAUAUCGAAAGCAAAAUUAUGAUUAUGCUCAAUAUUUAUUGACAGCAUUGUAUUUCGAGUCUUGGAAAAUUGAAAAUUGGGAAGUAGAUAAAACGAAGAAUGAUUGGCAAGCAUAUUAUUGGGAUAAAAGUCCUUCGCGCGCUCGAUUACUUGAUAUACUCAAAGCAUCUGAGCAAAACCCAUCGUCAGUUGAUUCAAACUCCGUUCUUGAUCAUAAUAAAAAACUUGUCGAACGAUAUCGCGCGAGUAUAACUCGUGUUCAAGAUGAAGGUGCUGAGAAUGAAUUGAAAAAUUUAAACGAUUAUAAAAACGAUGUACUCUCGUUGUACAAUCUAAAAUUAUAA